AAAGAAGAAGCUUCUUUAGACCACAGACCUUUUGCCGACCUGCAUGACCCAGACCAAAUUAAAGGCAGAGAGCUUCCAGGAGAGAAUGAUGGAAGAGAAUCCAUCAAGAUACAAGAUCAUGGAGGUGCUUCUAUUUCUUCAGAGGCUGAAGACACUGAGGAGAAUGAAGAAGACAGUGAUGUAGAGCACCCUCUCUCUGAGCUGAAACACUUGUCAGACUCUGGAUAUAAGAAAUGUUUUACAGGGAUGAAUAAAUGUAGGAAAGGCAACACAGGAGUUAAGCUUAGCUGCAAAGACUGUGGCAAAACAUUUAUGGGAAAAUCAGCUUUAAACAGACACAUGAGAAUCCACACAGGAGAGAAGCUUUUCUGUUGUAAUUUAUGUGGAAAAAGCUUUAGUCAAAAAACACAUUUAAACAGACACAUGAGAAUCCAUACAGGACAGAAGCCUUUCUGUUGCGAUCUAUGUGGACAGAGAUUUAGCCGAAAAUCACAUUUAAACACACACAUGAGAAUCCAUACAGGAGAGAAGCCUUUCUGUUGUGAUCUGUGUGGACAGAGAUUUAGCGAAAAAGGAUCUUUAAACAAACACAUGAGAGUCCAUACAGGAGAUAAGCCUUUCUGUUGCGAUCUCUGUGGACAGAGAUUUAGCCGAAAAUUUCAUUUAAACACACACAUGAGAGUCCAUACAGGAGAGAAGCCUUUCUGUUGUGAUCUGUGUGGACAGGGAUUUAGCGAAAAAGGAUCUUUAAACAAACACAUGAGAGUCCAUACAGGAGAGAAGCCUUUCUGUUGUGAUCUAUGUGGACAGAGAUUUAGUGAAAAAAGUUCUUUAAACACACACAUGAGAAUCCAUACAGGACAGAAGCCUUUCUGUUGUGAUCUAUGUGGACAGAGAUUUAGUGAAAAAAGUUCUUUAAACACACACAUGAGAAUCCAUACAGGACAGAAGCCUUUCUGUUGUGAUCUAUGUGGACAGAGAUUUAGCAAAAAAAGUUCUUUAGACAGACACAUGAGAAUCCAUACAGGACAGAAGCCUUUCUGUUGUGAUCUAUGUGGACAGAGCUUUAGCCAAAAAUCUAAUUUAAACACACACAUGAAAAUCCAUGCAGGACUGAAGCCUUUCUGUUGUGAUCAGUGUGGACAAAGAUUUAGCACCAAAUCUGAUUUAAACAGACACAUGAAAAACCAUACACUGCAAGACAAGGCAAGUUUGUUGUUUAGUACAUUUCAGUACAAGGACAAUGCAACUGAAACUAAAGGCAAAGAAUGAUUUUUAUAAACAAUUGGACUAAAAUGGAAUGCAUGGGGGACCAGGGACACGUCUAAAGGAAGUAUGGCAACAGUUACAUUUAGUUUGGCUUUAUGGGCAGUGGGGAUGAAAGACCAAAAUGUGUUUGUCUUCAAUUGCUAGCAAUCGAGCUUUGUAUCUGGUGGUGCAGCGCAUCGCAAUAAGUAAGAAGCCACACUCAGUUGAAAUGAACCUUGUGUUCAUUCCAGCUAACAAUUUAAAAACUGCCCUGCCUUAAGAUGACACGGUGAGGAGAAGAAUUAAAGAACUAUCUGCCGACAUUUAGGUACAGUUAUUGGAUAGACUUCUUUCAUUGAUGAAUAGCUGUGACUGUGUGUAACAAAGCCCGAAGAACAUUUUAUAAGAAUUUUUUUUGGUUUUCUGCCAACAGUUUGAAAUUUUUUUUUUUGUGAUUUUUGUGCUAAAAUGUAACCAAUUAAAAGUCUUUAAUCUGAUAAAUGGACCAAAUAGGGUUCACUGGAUUGUCUUUCAGUCUUCUCAAAACUUAUUUUCUUGUAAGCUUGAAUUUGUUAUAUUUAAAGAAAACACCCUGUAAAAAAAACAAAACAUACUUUGAAUAAAUGGUUUCUGUAUUUAAAGCGUUAAAAUCUUUUUUUAUUCCUUUAGCAUAUUGGUUAGUGAUCGAUCAACACAGGUUAUCUAUCUAUCUAUUUAUUUAUUUAUUUAUUUACUUUCUCCCUUACCGGUGCUAAGGAGCUAUAAGGAAUCCCACAAUUCUUUACAUGAUAUGACUUAUAAGCACAGCCCACCUCACUGAAAUUAAGAAAAAUGUCCGCAGAGAACAGAGCAUGUGGUUGUAAGCACCAUUUACCCUUUCACAUAUUACAGGAGUUGUUGGUCAUCCAUGUGGUUAAGAGGACUUCGGCCAUCUCUGUCUUUGAUGUCUACAGCAAACACGAUCUGAUCGAUAUUGUAACAAUGUAACAGCAAAGUUUUAAAUCAAAGGAAGCAAUAAAACCACCAGCUGUGAUGUGAUGAAAUACAAUGUAUACACAUGUUACCCCGAAUAUUACAGAUUAAUUUUCUUUGUUGUACACAUCUUUUGUUAAAAACAAAAGCUAUUCAUAUAAUUGAAACAAAAACAAAAUCAUCAUCAGUAUGUAACCUGUUUAAGAAGACUGGGUACUGUUAGAACACUGCAAAAACUUGCCAUCUACAAACAAAAAUGCUAGGUAUUAGUCUGACUGGCAUUUUUUUCAUUGUCUUCAAAUUUUUAUUUAUCAAUAUUGUCAAGUUAUUUCUGCAACCAUUGUGGGUUUUUCUUUCAUUCAACGAGGGGUACCAACAAUUUUGUCGGGGUGUGUAUAGAACUUUAUUUAAAUUGUUUCUCCAAAUUAAAACAUUUUUUUCAGUCACUGUACACAUGGAUGUCAACAUAAAUUUUCAUUGUAAACUUAUUUUGUGUUUCUGUCAGAACUGGUACACCAACACCUAAAGCAACAAAUCCUCAUACUAAGCAAAACAUUUGAGGCACAUAAUGCCUUG